AUGGGCGCAGAAACACCAAAGCUGCAGUAUUUGCAAGGAUUCGGCUCUUCCCAUUCCAGCGAGGCUAUUCCGGGCGCUCUUCCGCGUGGAAGAAACAACCCCCAAAAACCUCCGUACGGCUUAGUCUGCGAAAAAGUAUCUGGGACUGCGUUCACUGCGCCGAGAAAGGAGAAUCAGCAGACGUACGUACACAAAAUUAAGACUUCAGCUACAUUUUCUGAAGGAAAGAGCAGAUACCUUUAUCGGAUAUUGCCUGCGGUUGUUCAUGAUCGCUGGACGCCCUACCAUCGUGCUUAUGCGCCCAACGACUCCAGCAGGAGCGGCUCGUCUGAAAAUUCGAGCAAUCUCUUGGGGACAGAGACCUCCUUGAUUCCCGACCAAAUUCGCUGGUCACCAUUCGAGAUCGAGGACGGCAACGACUUCGUGACAGGAAUGAGACUCGUGUGUUCCGCGGGAUCGCCAGAGUCGAAGAGCGGCUUAGCAAUCUAUAUUUACACGUCUACGCAGUCGAUGCCUGAACGACAGUGUUUCUAUUCUGCCGAUGGCGAUAUGCUCGUUGUCCCGCAGCGAGGAACACUAAGCAUUCAGACGGAGCUUGGCAAGUUACUGGUGGAACCAACCGAGAUCGUCGUUGUCCCAAGAGGUAUUCGAUUCCGCGUUGAGAACGGACUGAAUGGCGAUGAUCACCUGAGAGGUUACAUUUUGGAGAUUUUUGGGCCGAACCACUUUCAGCUCCCCGAGUUGGGUGUGGUCGGUUCUUCCGGCUGCGCGAAUCCCCGAGACUUUCAGAUCCCCGUUGCAGCCUUUGAUACCUCUUCUGUUACUGAAUGGGAGGUGAUUGCAAAGUACGCGCAACGACUCUUCGUGAUUCGACAGAAUCAUACCCCGUUCGACGUGGUCGGCUGGCAUCGGACAUACUAUCCCUACAAGUAUGACCUGAAAUUAUUCAACGCCGUGAAUUCCGUCACCUAUGACCAUCUGGAUCCGAGCGUCUUUACUGUCUUAACAUGUCAGUCGGCUAUCCAUGGAACGGCGAUAGCAGACUUUGCCGCCGUGCCUCCCCACAUGUGGGUUGUAACAGAGGACACGUACCGACCGCCCUGGUACCACCGUAACAUCAUGUCCGAGUUUGUGGGCUUGAUCCAAGGGCAACUGGAAGGGAAGAGCGGACAGGCCUUUGCUCCCGGAGGGGCCAGCUUGCACAGCGUCAUGAGCGGCCAUGGUCCCGAUGCAGGGGCCCACAAGACUGCCACGGAAGCAGAGCUGAAUCCUGUACGGACUGGGGCUAAUAUAACUUUUAUGUUUGAGUCGUCACUUUUUCUCGGAGUCUCCAUGUGGGCGCUUGAUACCUGCGGGAAGAUUCAGGCUGACUAUAACUCACACUGGGAGGCAAUCAAGCCGAACUUUGCACUUCCAGGCUAA